AUGGCAUUGACCUUGGACGCGUCGCGCAACUCCUGCAGUUGUUUUCGAGCCCCCACAGCAGCCGAAACCUUGGCCGAUGCGACGCUGUUUUGCGAGUGUCCAGACCGCAGACCGGUUUUCGCCGCAAGACGUCUUUGAAUUUGCUUCUGUCCAUCGUGUCCUCUGUUCCUCAAUGCAGCUAACGUCAUCUGUUCAGCCUGAUUUUGCCUCUUUUUGAUUCACUUUAAAGGCUGCUCUGAAGAAAAAUUGAAAGAAUAAAUUAUUAUUUGUCAGAACUUUCAAGUUCAUUUCCCAACUGCUAAAAAAAGUUUCACUUACAAUGAUAGUUUUUAAAAAAAUCGUUCGAAAAACGUUCAUCAAAGUUUUUCAAAACAAAAUCCUGAAAGCCAAGAAUGCAAACAUUUGAGGUGAAGCAGUGGUAGGCGUUUUGUUUGAGAACAACUUUCUGCUGGAAACCUUUCAGCUGAUAUCGGUCCGAGAAACGCGUCUCGUCAUUCUGUUGGUUCACCUGUGACUACAGUCAAUAUUGUAAAAACUCUUUCAACUUGAUUUGUUUUAGUUUUUGAUCUGUGCUCUAAAGUUUUUCACGUAAUUUGAAUCUUGAAAUCAUAUUUUCUUUUUUUCAAUUUUACAAUAGAAAUUUUUAAUUAAAAAGCUUCAUAAAAAAAGUUAUUUUUCUUUUGACACUGACCUUACUUCUCUCCAGUGCAAAAAAAGUUAUCAUUUGAUUAAUUUUUUUGAACUUUUUUUCAAGCCAUAAUCAGUACUCUUUAUUUAUGAACGUUCGAGUGGAAUUUUAUUGUCAUUCUUUAAAAUAUCUUUUUUUCAACUGUUUCAGCUCAAAAUGAGCGCCGUACAGCCGGCGAGCCAGAAACGCGUGAUGGCUUUAUUGAUACCAGCGUUGAUCUGCAACAUGUUGGCUUUCACUCUAAUCUUGCCGCUCUUCCCUACGAUCCUUCAUUUCUACGCACAACCAGGUCGCAGGGUUAGUUUUUCUCUUCCAUCUUUGAUAAAGAUUUGUCACCCUGAAGUUUUUCUUUAUUAAAGUUCAACAAGAGUCAUACCCAUAGAGCUGACUAUUAUUUUUAUUCACGUUACUAGGGAAAUGUCGUUGAUUAAAAACUGAAGACCGACCUUUUGUGUUUGGAGAUUGUAGGAUGAAUAAUAUUGGAGGCCAAGAGUAUUUUUUUGAAGUCAUUUCGACCGCUUGUUUCCCUUCAGAAAUUUAUUUUUUUCCUUUUUUUACUUUUUUUGGUUAUGUUCUGCUCUAAAACUAUUUACCAGUAUAUUAAUUAAUUUAAAAAGAGAAUGGAGAAAAAAAUCGGCUAAAAUUAAUGCCUGUUGUUUUCUGGUUUUUCAAUUUUUAUCAGCUGAUUUCUGUUCGAAUAAGGAAAGCUUCUAUUUUUCCAUUUUCCUUUUUGAUAUAAUAAAAAAAUUAAAAAUUUUUUUCUACGUCGUUCUGAAUAAUCAGUUUCUAAAUGUUUUUUUCAGGAUUUUUUUGUACGACAUCAGCGUGAAAGGACUCCAGUCUUUCCAAUCUUUGAUAGGAGUUCCCCACAACGAACGAUAUGAUAAAGUUUUUUUUGGAGGUUUGGCUCAUUUCUUCAUCCUUUUACCAGUUUUCCUGUCUUCAGGCUUGUUAGGAUCACUGUUCAGCGCCCUUCAGUUCAUCUCUUCCCCAACCUUGGGCUCAUUAUCCGACGUCUACGGACGGAGGGCUAUCAUCAUUUUGUGUUGCAUAGUCACAGCUUUUUCUUACUUGGUAGGCUUCUUUUGGUGUCUUUUCAUUCAGUUUUAUGGAAAUGGGUUCAGGUUUGGUUGAGGGCCAACACGUUUACCCUUUUCGUACUGUCCAGGGUCCUCGGAGGACUUAGCAAAGGGAACAUCAAUGUUGCGGUAUCCAUUGUUUCGGAUGUAUACACAACAGAAGACCACCCAAAAGGAAUGGUUAGUUGAUGGAAUCCGAAAUUUCGCAAGAAAAUUUUUUUUAAGGCUUUGAUCGGCAUUUCUUAUUCGGUCGGCUUUUUGGUAGGACCUAUGAUUGGAGCGUAUUUGUCCAGCAUUGCACCAACGGUAUUUUUCGUUCGAUUAUUUCUUUGUCCCUGAAAGUUUACUUCUUAAAAAGUUGAAAGUAUGCAAAUCGGGAAUUUAUAAAAACAUCAACAAAGCUCGAUUUUCAGCUGAUUGAUAAUACCUUCACUUAUCUUCUUAAAAAUAUUUUCAGGAAGCGCUUCACACAACACCUGCAAUUUUUUCUCCAUUAUACUCACCUUGAUGGAACUUUUCUUCCUAGCUUAUCUACCGGAAACUCUGGAGAUUUCUAAAAAAAGUUUUUAUUAAAACUAAUAUUUUUUUAUUGGAUAUCCUUUUACAGAAAAAUUUCGAAGAAAUAAAAAAAACGCGACAGGAAUUGAUUCGACCUAACGCUUUAUUCCGAUUUUCUGCGGUUCAAGCUCCAGUGCAAAGUAAGUUGAUGAAAAACUAAAGUUCUGAACAUUCACAAAACGUUACUUACCGGUUUUCGACUACAAACGAACUGAUUCAAAACGCUUUUGACUCAAAACAGUUUGCUCGAAAUUGGUUUCAAAAGUGUUGAAGAAAACUGUUGAAGUGUAGUUUAAAGUCUCUUCAAAUCCAGUUUACGCGAGUUUCUAAAUAAAGGCUUCAAAAAUACAUAUUGGGUUUUCAGAAAAAGAAGAAAUGCAAAAAAUCGGUCUCGUGUACUUUUUAUACCUUUUUUUGUACUCCGGUUUGGAGUUCACUCUACCUUUCUUGACACAUCUACGAUUUGAUUUUGGGAGGUUAGUUCAGUACUUUUUACAUCAAAAUGAUCCUACUCAAUUUCAGCAUGCAACAAGGUAAAAUUUAUCUGUUCACUGGACUUCUCAUGCUGCCGAUACAAGGACGGUUGGUUCGGAAAGUUCCCAUACAUAGGUCAACUUUCCUAUCAUUCUAUUUUCACUUCAAAAGCUUCAGACAAAAAGCCUUGGCUGAAAAGGGAAUGUUAUGCAUAAUACCCGCUUAUGUUUUGGUGUCAAUUUCUAACUCAUUGACAGUUUUCUAUUUUGGAAUGGUAUUCUACGCAAUAGGUAAACCCAACAAGUCAUCGUUGAUAUUUUUGGAUUUUUUUUCAGCUUCGGCAAUUGUAGUUAGCUGUUUGACGACGUUGGUUCACUCAGUGUAUCCCGCUCAGGAAAAAGGAGUUAUUGCUGGUGUUUUCCGAAGCUUGGGCUGUCUGGCUCGGGCUCUUGGGCCCAUGGUAGCUUCUACUUGUAAGUCUCUUCUUCUACGGUUUUUCACGGGUCAUGUCUGUAAAUUUCUCUUAAUAAUGUGAUUCGACCUUCCAAGUUUGUCUCAAACACUGAGUAGAAAAAUUCGUAUUGGUGCCAGCAUGUCAAAGAACAUUUUUCAGGCUUCUGGAUGAUUGGUCCUACGAACUGCUACCUCCUCGGAGCUGUCCUGCUCGUAAUCCCGUUUGAAAUGUUCCGACGCAUGAAAAAUCCCGCUGAACUAAAAUCAGAUUGA